GCAGGCCUAGCUCAGGCCUCCAGGGAUGGAGCUCGUGGACCCCGACAUCUUUAACAGGGAUCCCCGGGACCAUUAUGACCUGCUGCAACGGMUGGGUGGCGGCACCUAUGGGGAAGUCUUCAAGGCUCGAGACAAGGUGUCCGGAGACCUGGUAGCACUGAAGAUGGUGAAGAUGGAGCCUGAUGAUGAUGUGUCCACCCUUCAGAAGGAAAUCCUCAUGUUGAAAACUUGCCGGCAUGCCAACAUCGUGGCCUACCAUGGCAGUUACCUCUGGUUGCAGAAGCUCUGGAUCUGCAUGGAAUUCUGUGGGGCUGGCUCUCUCCAGGACAUCUACCAAGUGACUGGCUCCCUCUCAGAGCUCCAGAUCAGCUAUGUCUGCAGGGAAGUGCUCCAGGGGCUGGCCUACCUGCACUCACAGAAGAAGAUACACCGGGACAUCAAGGGAGCCAAUAUCCUCAUCAACGAUGCUGGGGAGGUCCGACUGGCUGACUUUGGGAUCUCGGCCCAGAUUGGGGCGACGCUGGCUAGACGCCUGUCUUUCAUUGGGACACCUUACUGGAUGGCUCCAGAAGUAGCUGCUGUGGCCCUGAAGGGAGGGUACAAUGAGCUGUGUGACAUCUGGUCCUUGGGGAUCACGGCCAUUGAACUGGCUGAGCUGCAGCCACCACUUUUUGAUGUUCAUCCUCUCAGAGUUCUCUUCCUCAUGACCAAGAGUGGCUACCAGCCUCCCCGGCUAAAGGAAAAGAGCAAAUGGUCAGCUGCCUUCCACAACUUUGUCAAAGUCACACUCACCAAGAGCCCCAAGAAGCGACCUGGAGCCACCAAGAUGCUCAGUCACCAGCUGGUGUCCCAGCCCGGGCUGAGUAGGGGCCUGAUCCUAGAUCUUCUGGACAAAAUGAGGAAUCCCGGAAAGGGGCUCCCCAUUGCUGAGACUGAAGAUGAGGAUCCCGAGCCACCCCCUGCCAUCCCUCGGCGUAUCAGGUCCACCCACCAGUCCAGCUCUCUGGGGAUCCCAGACGCAGAUUGCUAUCGGAGGCACAUGGAGUUCAGGAAGCUCCGAGGAGUGGAGCCCAGACCCCCAGCUGACAGCACUGCUCGCCUGCAGCCACCCGCAGACUUCAGGAGCAGCAGUCCCAGGAGCCACCUGUCAGAGUCUGAUGAUGAUUACGACGAUGUGGACAUCCCCCCCUCUGCAGAGGACACUCCCCCGCCACUGCCCCCCAAGCCCAAGUUCCGUUCUCCAUCAGAUGAAGGUCCUGGGGGAAUGGGGGAUGAGGGGCAGCUGAGCCCAGGGGUGCUGGUCCGGUGUGCCAGUGGACCCCCCCCACGCACCCCCCAUCUUGGUCCUCCCCCAGCCACCCGCAGCCCCCACCUCACUGCCCAUUCAGAGCCCUCACUCUGGAACCCAGCUUCCCGGGAGCCUGACCAGCCCCCACUGCUGCCCCCUAAAAAGGAAAAGAUGAAGAGAAAGGGAUGUGCCCUUCUCGUAAAGCUGUUCAAUGGCUGUCCCCUCCGGAUCCACAGCACAGCAGCCUGGACACACCCCUCCACCAAGGACCAGCACUUGCUCCUCGGGGCUGAAGAAGGCAUUUUCAUCUUGAACCGGAAUGAUCAGGAGGCUACGCUGGAGAUGCUCUUUCCUAGCCGGACCACCUGGUUAUACUCCAUCAACAAUGUCCUCAUGUCCCUCUCAGGAAAGACCCCCCACCUGUAUUCUCAUAGCAUCCUGGGCCUUUUGGAACGGAAAGAGACCAGAGCAGGAAGCCCCAUCGCUCACAUUAGCCCCCACCGGCUAUUGGGAAGGAGAAACAUGGUCUCCACCAAGAUCCAGGACACCAAGGGCUGCCGGGCGUGCUGUGUGGCCGAGGGUGCGAGCUCCGGGGGCCCAUUCCUGUGCGGGGCGCUGGAGACCUCCGUGGUCCUGCUCCAGUGGUACCAGCCCAUGAACAAGUUCCUGCUGGUCCGGCAGGUGCUGUUUCCACUGCCCACGCCUCUGCCAGUGUUCGCGCUGCUGACCUCGCCAGGCUCCGACCUGCCGGCCGUGUGCAUCGGCGUGAGCCCGGGCCGGCUGGCGAAGUCAGUGCUCUUCCACACCGUACGCUUCGGUGCACUGUCCUGCUGGCUGGGCGAGAUGAGCACCGAGCACAAGGGAGCAGUGCAGGUGACCCAAGUAAAGGAAGACAUGGUGAUGGUGUUGAUGGAUGGCUCCCUGAAGCUGGUGACACCAGAGGGGGCCCCAGUCCCGGGACUUCGCACAUCUGAGAUCCCCAUGACGGAACCGGUGGAGGCCGUGGCAAUGGUCGGGGGCARGCUGCAGGCCUUCUGGAAGCACGGAGUCCAGGUGUGGGCUCCAGGUUCCGACCAGCUGCUGCAGGAGCUGAGAGACCCAACCCUCACCUUCCGUCUGCUUGGCUCCCCCAGGCCUGUGGUGGUGGAGACGAGACCAGCGGACAACCCCACUGCCCCCAGCAACCUCUACAUCCAGGAAUGACCCUACAGGGUCUUUUAGGAACGGGUCCCUGCGUCCACCUCUCCAAAGUACACACUAGUGGUCAUGUCAUAGCCUCGUUUUCUA